AUGCCCCUUUAUCGGGCUCUAGGCAAUAACCUAGCGCCUCUUUACGAAGAAGAAGCUCCAACAUUUUACGUUGGUUGUUUAACACCAAAUCCCCAAGAAGGAAUUCCACCCGCUCAUGAUUUUUUAAGUGGUUAUACAACACCUGGACCAAAUGAAAGAGAAGCUAGCAGAUAUUUAAAAGCAAAUCUCGGCGUUAUGUUGGGUGUCUAUCUACCUACAAUUCAACACAUUCUCGGUGUUACAAUGUUUAUUCGUCUUGCUUGGUGUGUUGGUGUUGCUGGGGUUGGACAAACAUUUCUUAUGCUCUUUCUAUGUUGCCUUUGUACCUUUCUCACAUGUAUCAGUGUAUCUGCUGUUGCUACAAAUGGAGUUGUAGAAGGAGGCGGUGCUUACUUUAUGAUUUCCCGAAAUUUGGGACCUGAAUUUGGUAGUGCCGUUGGCAUACUAUUUUAUUUAGCCAACACUGUGGCUACAGCAAUGUAUUUGGUUGGAGGCGUUGAAAUUCUAUUGUUGUAUCUAUUCCCUGCAUUGACCAUCGGAGGACAUGAAACUCAUACGGAUACAGGAAUAUUUGGAAUGAUGUCCAACAAUUUACGCUUCUACGGAACAAUUCUUUUGAUUGUCGAAUUUUUGAUCGUUGCUAUGGGUGUUCGUUUUGUUCAACUUUUAGCACCGAUUUCUUUGGUUUGUGUAAUUUUUUCAAUUCUUGCAUGUUAUGCUGGUGCUGUUGAAAAAACUCUUUAUCCAGAUACUGGCCAAAGAAAAUCUAUAUUAACUAAUGCCUAUGUAAAUGCUACUCAAAUGAAACUUUCCUGUGUUAAUGGAUAUCCUGGUUAUGGAAGUAAAGCUUUAAUUCAAAAUCUUGGCUCAAAUUAUCCAAGUUUUCUGCAAUAUUCUUAUGGAAAAGAAGCAAAUCCAAAAGUAGAAGUCUUUCAAGAUGUCAAAACAACUUUCUUUUUAAUUUUGGCUAUUUACUUUCCAGCAGUUACAGGAAUACUUACAGGAACAAAUAUGAGUGGUGAUUUGGCUAAUCCACAAAAAUCGAUUCCUGGAGGAACUAUUGCAGCACAAUUGACAACUUCUUUUAUUUAUUUUUCUUUGGCCCUUGUAUUUGGUGCAGCAAUAAGUCCAGAAUUGUUAAGGGAUAAAUACGGCCAAUCUCUACAUGGUGGAAUGGUUGUUGCCUCUCUCGCAUGGCCGAGCGAGUGGGUACUUCUAAUAGGCUCUUUCCUAUCGACAUUUGGUGCUGCUCUACAAUGCCUUUGCAGUGCUCCCCGUCUUUUACAAAGUAUUGCAAAGGACGACGUUAUCCCUUUUCUACAACCUUUUUCGAAAGUUACAAAAAAGAACGAGCCUUUCUAUGGUUUAAUAAUAACAACAUUUAUCGCUGAAUUGGGAAUCUUAAUGGGAGCAAUGGACAAUAUUGCUGCUGUUGUAGAUUUUUUCUUUUUGAUGUGUUAUGCCUUUGUUAACAUCAUUUGUGCACUUCACUCAAUACUUGGAGCACCGAAUUGGCGACCAAGAUAUGUUUAUUACCAUUGGUCUUUAUCGCUACUUGGUGCUGCUUUAUGUUUCUUCAUUAUGUUUAGCACUCAUUGGGACUAUUCAAUUUUAUCUAUCCUUCUUUGCGUAAUAAUUUACAAAUAUGUUCAAUGGAAAGGUGCAAAAAAGGAAUGGGGUGAUGGUAUUCGCGGUUUGGCUCUAACAACAGCUCAGUAUAGUUUAAUGCAAAUUUCUGAAAAGGAUCCUCAUCCUAAAAAUUGGAGGCCCCAACUUCUUAUUCUUCAUUCAAUGCCUUGGUCAAAAGAAUUGGUUGAUGUUCGAUAUUUAAACUUGCUCAAUUUUGCGGCACAAAUGAAAGCAGGGAAGGGUCUUACAAUGGUCGUCUCUUUUCUUCGAGGUAAUCCUAGCAAUGAGGAAGAUAUGAAAGCAGCACAACAAGUAAAAACUAGAAUGGAGAAUGAUAUGCAGCAAUUAAGAUUAAGAGGGUUUGCUAAAACAUUGCUAUAUGAUGAAGAUCAGAUAGGAGGAAGUGUUAAUGCUUUAAUUCAAAGUAUUGGAAUUGGUGGACUUAAACCAAACACUCUUUUGCUUAGUUGGCCGACUCGAGAACCGUCAGAGGAUCAAGUCGUCGAUUCGGAAUAUCAAACAUUCACAGACAAACUUUUGGCUGGUGCAGUUAGCGGAAUGGCACUUGUUGUUGCUAAGGGCAUUACUGACUUUCCCAACAAUGUAAAGCUAAAUGGUCAUUUGGAUGUUUAUUGGAUUGUUAGAGAUGGGGGUCUUUGCCUUCUAAUAACAUUUUUGUUGAGGCAAAGCAAAGUUUGGCGGCAUUGUAAAAUUAGAAUUAUUGCUGUUGCUCGGCAACAAGAGAAUAGUACAAAAUUAAAGCAACAAUUACAAACUUAUGUUUAUCAAUUACGUAUUGAUGCUGAAAUUUUGGUAACUGAACUUAGUGACCCAGAACUUUCAAAAACAGCUUUUGAAAGGACACUUUUGAUGGAAGAAAGGUCGAAGAUGUUGAAACAAAUGCAACGUAGAGGAAUUGCAAAUAACCGUCAAUUGAAUGAACCUGGAGGAGAUUCUGAUGACAGAGCUUUACCUAAUUCUUCACCUCACGCUGAAGAUACAUCUUCUAGCAAUGACUCUUCUCAAAAAGAACAGCCACUUGAGAAUAAUGAAGAAAUUGGAGACAAAGUUUCUGACAACGAUGAAGGUGAUGGACAAAACAGGAAGGAAAGUACUCAUUAUCUCCCGCGACAACCUUCACUUCCCUUCACGGAAAUGGAUGGCGAGAAACAAAAACGAUUAAAAGCCUUGGACCGUAAAAAGGUUCACAAAAUGCAUGGGGCAAUUCGUCUCAACGAGCUUAUUUUGGAACAUUCCAAUGAAAGCCAACUUGUUCUAUUUUCUUUACCAAAACCACCUACACAUAAGGACGAUGUUGAUGAUUAUAUUCAUUAUUUAGAAGUAAUUUCUGACAAACUUCAGCGGGUACUUUUCGUUAGGGGGACUGGUGCUGAAGUUAUAACAACAAGUUCUUAG